CUGGCAACCCCGGCUACUCGUUACCGAGGAGAAGAUGGUGGACCUGGAGACAGCGGCGUGUUCACAACUCCGUCCCAAACACCUCCCAUCUCAGCCCGGCGUCAGGUACAGACUACCCGGGGACAGGUACAGAUAAUACGGCUUGGAGCCCACCGGAAGGCCGGACUUUAGCUCUCUAUCCCGGGUGGUGGAGGAGAGCUCGGCUCGGUAACUAGAAACACCCGGAGCGGCGACACGAGUCCGGAGAAAAGGGGCAUUUUAGCGGCUUUGUAACCCAGCUGGAGAUACAGACCACCGGGACCAGCCUGCCGUGGUCUCCCGCCACCUCCAUACCGGCUGUCAGACCCCGAGGACUGAAGCGGGCUAACUUUAGCUGCUAACCAGAGGACUGGAGGACCGCAGCGGGCUAACUUUAGCUGAAAACCGGAGGACUGGAGGACCGAAGCGGGCUAACUUUAGCUGCUAAGCGGAGGACUGGAGGACCGAAGCGGGCUAACUUUAACUGCUAGCCGGAGGACUGGAGGACCGGAGCGGGCUAACUUUACCUGCUAACCGGAGGACCGGAGCGGGCUAACUUUAGCUGCUAACCGGAGGACUGGAGGACAGGAGCGGUCUAACUUCAGCUGCUAACCGGAGGACUGGAGGACAGGAGCCGGCUAACUUUAGCUGCAACUUGUAGGACCGGAGCGGGCUAACUUUAGCUGCUAACCGGAGGACCGGAGCGGGCUAACUUUAGCUGCUAACCGGAGGACCGGAGCGGGCUAACUUUAGCUGCUAACCGGCUAGCCGUGCUGUGGACUGUUGGAUCAGGGCGACAUGCCGAGGAGUAAAAAAGGGAAACGAGGCUCCAGUAAGCCGGGCUCUCUUCGUCAGGAGGUUCUUCAGCUGCAGCUGUCGGCUAAAGCGCCGCUGAAAGGGGUUAAGAAUGGGCUGAAGGGCGAGUCGGCGGCCAGCGAUGAUGAUGUGGCGUCUGACAUCCUCAGCCACUACAGCAGCGCCAGCGAAACCACCUCAGUUCUGGAGGAAGGAACAGGAGGUGAGCAGGUGGAUGAGCAGACGGCCCAGGAGGAAACAGAAGACAAACUGAAGCAGUGUAUAGACAACCUGAUGGAUAAGAGUACAAAGACUCGUCUGGCAGCCCUGGAGUCCCUGAGACAGGCCUUCGCCUCCAGACUGCUGUACGACUUCCUGACAGAAAGACGUCUGACGGUCAGCGACAGUCUGGAGAGAAGCCUGAAAAAAGGCAGCGGAGAGGAGCAGGCAGCAGCAGCCACCGUCUUCGCUCUGCUCUGCAUCCAGCUGGGGGGUGGAGGCGAGGCGGAGGAGGGCUUCAAGAUGCUCCGUCCGAUCCUCACCGCCAUCCUGAUGGACGGCACUGCCAGCAUAGCAGCCCGCCAGAGUUGUGCCAGGUCUUUAGGGAUGUGCUGCUACGUCUCUGCUGCUGAAGAUGGAGAGGACUUGAUCAAGUCUCUGGCGCUGCUGGAGAGCGUCUUCAUGUCUUCCUACCCCAACAGAGAGGGAACGCUGCCGACGCCCAAACCCGGUAGUUCAGGGCUCCACAGCGCCGCCCUGCAGGCCUGGUCGCUGCUGGUCACCCUCUGCCCUGCUUCCAGACUGACGGUGCUGCUCCCCCUUCAUCUCCCUAAACUCCAAGCGUGUCUUCAGAGCAGCGACGUCAACUACAGGAUUGCAGUUGGAGAGACCAUCGCUCUGCUGGUGGAGCUGGGACGAGAUAUAGAUGAGGAUUUUGAGGUGGACGACAGUGAAACUCUGUGUGAAUGUCUGAAGAGUUUAGCAACAGACGGAAAUAAACACCGAGCCAAAAACGACAGGAGGAAGCAGCGCUCCAUCUUCAGAGAGGUGCUGCAUUAUAUAGAGAACGAAGACUUCACAGAGGAGAAGAUCAGGUUUGCUGUGGAGAACGUUUACAUCGACGGCUGGAUGAGGAGAAGAAUCUACGAUGCCUUCAAGGAGAUCCUGGAGUCUGGAGUCAGACACCAUCUCCAGUUUAACCCUCUACUGAGAGACAUCUUUGGCCUUGGUCCCCCCCUCAUCCUGGAUGCCGCCGUCAAAGGAAACAAGAUCUCGCGGUUUGAGAAGCAUCUUUUCAACUCAGCUGCCUUCAAAGCCAGAACCAAACAGAGGAGCAAAGCCAGAGACAAACGAGCUGACGUCAUGUAGAGGAGGAGGACGAUGGAGGAGGAGGAUGGAACUCUUUCUACUGAGAAGAUUCAACAUGAUGCCCUCAGACUCUCUACAAACAGGAGCUUUUCCCUCUAAUCCUGUAAUUAAACUCUCCAAAUUCAACAUUUAUCCUUCCUGGUUCUUUCUAACUUCGUUUCACUCAGAAUGGAGGGAAUUACUGACCAGCAGUUCUUGCUGUCUAGCUGAAGAAUAAAGUUAAAUUAACUUCAACAUGCAUUUUAGUGCAAACUAGAAAUGGAAUCUUUAAAUAUUUCAGAGGUAUUUUAUCAACAGAAAAGUAAAGUGUUAAAUGAGACGUUUUGAAGGAUCUGCUGAACUCGGGUGCUGCUGGGUUUUAUUUUAAUUCUCAGCCCAAACUGCUGCUCUGUCAUUGGACGGGUCAGUCAGGUGUUUUUAAACCUAAUUACUGCUGCAGCAGGUCCUAGUCAAUGCCUAAACAGAAUAUAUACAUAAAUAUGUAACUAGAGCCAAGGAACUAUUGUGUAAAAGCUCCUGAUUCGUCCCUCAGUCGUCCUCUGAGGUUCAGCUGCCAAAUGAGAAAGCAGACUUUAACGAAGUCUGAAGAACGUGUGGUGUUUGUGAGAGCGUGUUUCAUUGAAUUUAAUUUAAUUAACACCUAAUCAUAUAAACGAGAAGAUGUCUGAUUAAAGGAGAUGAAAUCAAAGAGCUAAUUUUGUCAUCUUUUCAUUCAGUUUUAUUAAAAAAACGUUUUUGAUGAUUUUCCUUUAAACAUUUCUGCUGAAUAAUUGUUUUACUUUCUAAUUUAUUGGAGAACAGUUGUGUGGUUUUAUUAAGGAUUUAAACUGUUUACAGAUAAUUAUGGGAUAAAGAUGACAAGAAUUUCUACUUAUUUUGUUUUAUUUUCAUUUGGGUUGGAGGUUCAUGUGUUUGUAUUACAGAUAUAUGAACAGAUUUAUGGAGAUAUGUGUUGAUGAAAUGCAUUUAAAUGAUUUUAACUGAUGAGUGGAAAAUAAUCAGAGCUGCUGAUUGGACACGUUUAGUGAUGCUGGUUUUUAAAUAUAUCAUUUGGAGCACUUAACUCCUGCUGUUGGUGUUUUUGAAUAUUUUAGGUUAAAAAAGAGGAAAUUAAAUGAAGACGUUCCAAUAAUUUGGUGAAAACUUUCUAAUGAACUGACAGUUUUUUGCAGGAUUCCUGCAUCACGGUUUUCCUCCAAAAGACGUAAAUAAAUGAUUUUAUGGCCUCACCAAACGGUCCGUUGAGCUCUCCUGGUGUUUGGAGACAACCGAUGGAUCAAAUGGAUUAAAGAGCCUUUGAGAUCUU